UAUAUAAUACAUUUCCUUUCUGGACUCCUUUCGCCGUGCGAUACAUCCUAUUAUGUCUUAGCUAUACGAGAAUCCUGAUAUCAAUCCUUGAGCAUCGAUAAUCUUCUAGAAAGGGACAACCUGACACCCCUUUCCUUGAGAGAGAAAAAAAGGAAGAUCUUACAACAGUGUAUGAUUUCUGCACAAAUGGGUUCUACUAACAGCACAGAAGAAAACGAAGACGAAAAUAAAACAGUUCACACUGAAAGUGAGAAGCCUACAAGUACACAUCAAUCUACAGCCACACAUCAGUCAUCUACUACAAUAAAAGCGGUCACAAAGGAUACCUUAAAAGUGCUCACAAAGGAUAAUUUUACAUUAAUGUGGUUUUCAUGGAAGAAUGAAUUUCUCACAUACAUGAAAUCCAUUGAUCCAACAGAAAAUAAUAAAAAGAAAUGGAGUAUUAUGCUUUUGAAUCGCGUGGGUCCAAUUGAACAAGAAAUAUGCAAAACUUUUACUUUUGACAAUGAUCAUGAAAAAGAAGAUAUAAAUAUAUUGUUUAACAAAUUUGACUCCUAUUGCGAAUUUGAAAACAGGAAGAAACGUAAUGAUGAAGAUAUAGAUAUGUAUGUGAAUAACUUGAAGGUAAUGGCAUCAAAAUAUACAACCAAUAUAGAUGAGGUAGUGAAGAAAAAAAUUCUGGAAGGAAUAGAUAUUGAUAAAUUUACGAAUAAUGCUAAGAGCUUGAUUCCAAAUUUCACGUUUUCAUUAAACACAAAAUCUUUAACUGUACAAGAAAUUAUUGAUAUACAUUUAUUAUUGAAUAUAUUUAUUUGGAUGAGAUCUGAAAACAUAAAUUUCAUAAAAACUCAAAAGAUUGAUGGUAAUACAGUUAAAAAUUGUGAUAUGUGCAGUUUUACACAUGAAAUAAAUAAAUGUCACGGUUUUGGUAAAAAAUGUACUAAUUGCGGUAAUAUGGACCACCAUUGGAGCAAAUGCCCAUCUCAGUUUAAAAUGAAUUGCCAAUGUUGUGGAGAAAGUCAUUUCUAUCGACAAUGUCCUGCUUAUAUGAAUGAAUGUAGCAACUGCCAUAAAACAAAUCACUUUUACUGGAAGUGUAAAUUUUUAAAAAUGUAAACUGCAAUUAUUGUGGUUUACUACAUAUCGCGUUUAAACCUGCACGUUUUGCAAUAAAUAUAAUAUGUAUAAGAUGCUACAAAAGAGGUCAUGUUCCAGGAAAUGUUAGAAAA